AUGAUAAUACUUGGAUAUUGGAACUUAAGAGGUUACGGAUAAUCUAUCCGCUUGCUGCUUGAAUAUUUGUAAGUGGAAUAUUAGGAUAAACUUUAUCAUGAGAAUGGAGAGGAGUGGUUUGGUACAGAUAAGAAAAAUCUCAAUACAAACUUCCCUAAUUUACCCUAUGUUAUAGAUGGAGAUGUAGUUGUGACAGAAUCUAAAGUUAUUCCUAUCUAUAUUAUUAAGAAGUUCAAGAGAUUUGAUCUUAUUGGAUAGAAUGUUGAUGGUUCUUAUAAUUAGAAUGAAAUUACUUAUCUACAACUUUAGGAGAUUUUAAAGGAAUUAUUAGAUAAACUUGAAGCUUAAGCGAGAAUCCCCUCAUUCAAAGAAGAGAAAGAAAAGAUUUUCAAUGAACAAUUUAAUAUUACGUUUGAAAAAAUUAAGAAAUAACUUGGAAAUCAAGAAUAUCUAUUAGGUAAUCUUACAUACGUAGAUCUUUACUUUUACGAAGUUUUAAGAAAUUUCUAAUUAUUUUAUCCUAAAAUCUAAAUUUUUACUGAGUACCUGAAAAGAAUUGAGAAUAUUCCUCAAAUCAAGGAAUACAUUCAAACUAAAGAAAACAAAACAUUCAUUUUUGAUUCCAUGAAAGAUAAAUAUUAUUACUGA